UUGAGAUCUCUCAGAUUAUCUCCCAACAUAUAAUUGAGCCUACUAAGACAGGAACGACUAAGGGAACUACUACAGAGACAGGAGAUGCUAUUAGAAAAAGAGUCAGAACAAAAAUAAAGCUGACUGAAUGGACUAUACUUUGUUGGAUGUAUUUCCCUUUGAACAAGACUGGAAAAGAACUUGUGCUAUUUGAAUCUCCUGAUGGGGAAACUAAUCAUUUGUUCAUCACUAGAGAUGGAAAAGAAUUUAGAGUUAGAGAUGAUUAUGGAAAAGUCCGUCCUACUUCAAAGGAUGAACAUGAAGAUAAUACAUAUGAAACCCCUUCCAUAAAGGAUACUUACAUGGGAUGGAAACAUUUGAUGAUUAUAUACAGAAAAGGAAAGCUUAGAAUUUCUAUUGAUUUCCAACAGAUAAAAACUAUUGAAGCACAAUUAUCAAAACCUAUUAAAUAUAUUGGGAAUAGCAAGACCGAAGAUAAGCCAUUUGGACUAAUAGCUGACCUUAGGUUUUAUCCACAUUCAGAUGAAGUUUCUGAUGACGAUGACGACCCAGAUGAUGAGAAUGAAGAAGAUCUAGAAGGCAAGAUAGGUUUAAAAGUUCCAAUGAAAAGGACUAUUCAUGACUAUUGGAAGAGAAAUCUUGAGCCUCAAGAUACAGCAACUUCAGUCUAUAAAAACUUACUUAUAAUUGCAAAGUUAUUCAAGCAUGCUAGGGCAGAAAGAGUUCACAAAGAGGUUGUGAGAUGUCUGGCAAAUCUGUGCUCUAACAAACUAUGCAGAACAGAUGUUCUCAGAUAUGGUGGAAUAAACCUUCUUAUUAACAAAGCGUACACAGAUGCACCAGAUAAAGAGAUAGCAUCCGGCCUAAAAGAUGUUAGCAAUGAAAGCAAUUCAUACCCUUUAAUCUAUAGAUAAAGAAAUGGAGAUGUCAGAGAAAGACCUGAAGAAUCUAGAGAGAUUCGAUGAAGAGAGGGAUCUCAAUUUGGAAAUUAUGAGAUACUAUUAUAUGCUUAGUUAAAAUUGAGAUUGACAAAAUUGUAUUG